AUGGGAAUAUUCAAUGCAAUCUCCAAAUUGAGGAACAUUGGAAUCAUAGCUCACAUCGACGCAGGUAAAACCACAACUACAGAAAGAUUACUAUAUUACGCAGGUAAAAUUUCAAGGUUUGGUGAUGUUCAUACAGGUGACACUACAACUGACUACUUACCACAAGAGCGGGCAAGAGGGAUAACUAUACAGAAUGCUACUGUGUCAUUCCCUUGGAAUGGGAAAAAUAUUAACUUGAUUGAUACUCCUGGACAUAUGGAUUUUUUCUUCGAGGUUAUUAAAGCAUUGAAAGUCUUGGAUGGAUGUGUUGUAAUUCUUGAUGCCGUUUCUGGUGUUGAAUCACAAACUGAAAAUUGUUGGAACUUGGCUAGUCACAUACCGAAAAUUUGUUUUAUUAAUAAAAUGGAUAGGGUUGGCGCUGGAUUUAGUAGAACUGUUAAAGAAGUUAUUUGGAAGCUUAAUUCUAGAGUCGUCCUGGUAAACGUCCCGAUUUUCGCGAAGGUUAAUAGCGAAGAACAAUUUGUUGGCGUCUUAGAUGUAGUUAAUAGAAAAGUUCUGAAGUGGGACCCUAAUGAACCUGACAAUAUCGAUGUCUCUGAUGUAUCUAUACCAAACAAUAAGGAAUUCCUGGAACAAUUUACCAAGAGCAGAGAGUCGAUGGUAGAAACUUUAUCCAUGUUUGAUGAUAAACUAGUGGAGUCAUUUUUAGAAGACGCAGAAGGAGAUUACUUAAAACUGAAUCCGGAAAUAUUGAACGAAUCGAUAAGGAGAGUAACACUACAAAACAAAAUAACACCUGUAUUAUGUGGGUCAGCUUUUAAAAAUAUCGGUGUACAACCUUUAUUAGACUCUAUAGUAAACUAUCUUCCCUCACCAUUGGACGUUAAAUAUCCUGAAAUUAAUUUAAAGAAUCUGCCUAUGAAGUAUCAAUCUCAAGCGGGUCUUGUGUUUAACAAUAAUAAAUCUCUAUGUGCCGCUCUUGCAUUUAAAGUAAUACAUGACCCAAUCAGGGGAAUGAUGGUAUUUGUUAGAGUAUAUUCUGGAACUUUGAAAAAUGGACAUGUUGUUCAUAAUACGACUACAGGAGAAACAUUUAAAAUCGGAAAGUUGAUUCGUAUGAAUGCAAAUAUGCCUGAAGAAAUUUGGCAACUAGGUACAGGUGAAAUUGGUGUUAUUACAGGUACAUCCAUUGCUGGUAAAUUAUCUACUGGAGACACAAUUAUUUCCGAUUCAUUAAAAAGGGACGGAUUGAAAUCAUUAAAUAGAAAACCGGAGUUUAAUUUGCAAAUUAAUCCAAUCGUGACCCCACCACCUGUUUUCACUAUUUCUGUUGAGCCUAAGACUUUAGGAAAUAAAAAAUCCAUGGAAAAUGCCUUGAACAUAUUAAUAACUGAAGAUCCUAGUCUUCAUGUUACAAAAGAUGCUGAGCUAGGUCAAACUCUACUGAGUGGUAUGGGAGAGUUACAUUUACAAAUUGCAAAAAAUAGACUACUAAAUGAAUUAAACGCUGAUGUAAACGUGGGUAAAGUAAUGGUAUCAUAUAAGGAAACAAUAAAUGAACCAUCUGAUGUAACUAUAAUGGAAAAUGAAAACAAAGUUAAGUUCAGUAUAGCAAUCGAACCAAUACAAGAGGACUUAUCGGAAAAUAUCAUCCAUAAAGAUACUGAAACCUGGUAUUCUUUAGGCUCUGACAACAAUUACUUAGUAAUGGAAAAAAAUCAGAAAUUUUCUGAUCAUCUUGAAGACGCUGACUGGCCAUUGCAAAUACCCUAUAAUACCAUUGUUCAUUCUUUGAUGUCUAGUUGCAUUGUUAUCUUACAAAGAGGUGGAAAAUUAAGGAAUUUUCCUUUAUAUGCAUGUGCAAUUAGAGUCAAAGGAGAUUGGGAGAUCCCGUUGGAUAUGACUUCACCUGUCGAAAUAUUGACACUUUCACGUACAAUCCUUACUAAGAUAACAAAUGAAGUUCAAGAAGAGGGUUAUUCAGUAUUAGAACCAUUGAUGAAUCUGACAAUUGGUGUAAUGGGACAGGACAUGGGCUCCGUUAUUCAAGAUCUAACCAGUGCGAGAUCUGCCAAUGUUCUAUCCAUCGAUGAAGAUAUUAUUUCAUCAUCAGGCGAAAAAUCUCUGGAAUUUCAACAAAUCGCAGAGAAUCAAUAUUUACCUCCUGAUCUUACUUUGAACAAUGCCCGCCUAGGUAAUGAUUCAGUAAGCAAGAAAAUUAUCAAAGCUACUGCCCCAUUAAAGGAAAUAAUGGCAUAUUCCAACAAACUUAGAAGUUUAACCCAAGGCCGAGCUAGCUUCGAUACCACUUAUAAAGGUAUGAUAAAAUUAAACCAAGAGAGACUUAGAAUAUUAUUAAAUGAAUGA